CAAGACCUCAGGCCAUUCAUUGCCAGCAUGAAAAAAUGGUGGUCAUCUAUUCAACCUGUGGAACAUGCCUGUGACACACGUGGUCUCUUCAAACAUAACUUAGAAAACAUUGAUUGGUCAAGGCUUCACAGGGCUGGUAGGAAUGGGAUGUAUCUGGUGGUAGUUGGUUUGAUGUGGUGGCAUAGAGGAUCGACGAAUGAUGAGGGCUUGGAUGUGUGGUUCACCAUGGUGGAUGAUGUCACCUGGGUGCUGGAGAGGCUGAUAGCUACA